CGACCGUCUCGUUUUCUCCAUCUCUCUUCGUAGUCUCACCAAGACUCUGUCGCUCACUUGAAACUUACGGGUCACACCCACCUCAUACAUUCCUUCGAACAACUUACCUGAACAAGAACAAUCCAAGAAACCAUGCAUUUCACCCAGUCCUUUGUCCUCGCCGCCAUGCCCUUCCUCGUCGCGGCUGCCCCGUCGCUGCACUCGCCCUCCAUCCCGAUCGCAAAGGCGAGCGGUCUCAUCGACACCGUCACAGGCGCCAUCGACAAGCUGCUCCUCCAGAACCACGUCGAGAACACCCUCGCCAAAGUCGCGCUCGGCAUGGAGGCCUACCAGAAGAACACCGGCGCGCCCCACCCGCUGUGCGACGACGCCACCAUGGCCGCGUCCGCCCAGAACGCUGCCAAGGCCAAAGCCCGGCGCGACGGCGGCCAGAACGGAUCCAUCCCCUUGACCGACAUGAAGAACCAGCUGUGGUACGGGAACGUGUCCGUCGGGACGCCCGCCCAGACCUACUCCGUCCUCUUCGACACGGGCAGCAGCGACAUGUUCCUCGCGGGGCCCAACUGCGGCACCACCUGCGCCGGACACGCCAUCUACGACCCCGCGCAGUCCUCGUCCUCCGCGUCCACGGGGAAGAACUUCACGCUCGCGUACGGCGGCGGCGCGACCGUCAAAGGCGGGCAGUACACGGACACCGUCGCGCUCGCGGGGCUCCGCGCGACGAACCAGACGUUGGGCGCCGCGACGAUGUACUCGCCGCAGCUCGGGAAAGGCACGUUCCCCGCGGACGGGCUGCUCGGGAUGGGCUUUGAGGAGAUCUCGAAUUUCCCUGCGAGCCCGGUGUUUUCGACGCUCGUGAACGAGUCUGCGUCCGCGGCGCCGGUGUUUGGGUUUAAGCUUGCGCAGAGCGGGGACGGGCCGGAGUUGUAUGUCGGCGGGACGAAUGCGCAGCUGUAUACGGGCGAGUUUACGUAUGUGCCGCUGGAGGACAAGGGGUGGUGGCAGAUCAAGGCGGACUCCAUCGAUGCGUCGACCGGGAGUGGCGGGAACGCGACGCUGCAGGAGGUGCAUGCGAUCGUGGACACGGGCACGACGCUUAUUAUCGGCGAUCCGGCGCAGGUCGACACGUUCUACGCGUCGCUGGGCGCGAAGAACGCGACGGAGCUCGGGCAGGGCUUUUAUUCCUUCCCGUGCGACGCCUUCCCCGACGUGAGCAUCACCCUCGGCGGCAAGGCAUUCGCGAUCUCGAAGGAGUCGUUCAACUUCGGUCCUGUGGCCGCGGGCGCGAGCGAGUGCGCGGGCGGCAUCAUUGGCCAGGCGGGCGCGCCGUUUUGGAUCCUCGGCGAUGUGUUUUUGCAGAAUGUGUAUACGGCGUUUGAUUAUGGGAAUGCGCAGGUUGGGUUUGCGCAGCUCGCUUGAGCGGCGGCGGCUUGAUGGGAGAUGUGUGGACUGUAUCAUCGCUUGUCGCUUUUCGCUUUUUCGUUCCUUCGUUGUGUUGAAUGUGUAGCUCGUUGGAGAUGACGCGUACCGUUCACAUUCGUAUUGUUGAUGUUUUGUAUACCGGGAUUUUCAUCGUUAUACCCCCUCGCUUUGCGUUUAUCGAUAUCCUUUUAUCCACAAGUGUGUUCUGCGUGAUUUUGAGUGUCUUUCUUUGGGUAUCGUAUUCAACCAAGGACUACAUUUGUGAGCACUCUAAGUCGAUUCGCAAUGCACCGCCCGGAAGGAGCAUGGGGAGAUUCGAGUCGAAAUCCACUAGCACCCCACCCCGCCUUCUCAUUGAACACCGGCCCCCUUCCCAUCCAAAACACAGAAUCACCGCCCCUUGCUCUCCCGCUCCGCCCUUACCCCAGCCCGCACAUAUCGCGCACAGCGGAACGCCAUGUCGACCGCGAUGCCCAGCGGGAGCAGCAGGAAAGGGAUGUAGCUGAAGAGCAGCAUCGCGCGCUGCGCAGACGUGAUUGCGGGGGGCGAGCCGGCGAGGUCGGAGAGCGCGUACGCCGUGCCGGCGGGGAG